CGCCAGAACAAAAUUAAAAACAAGCAUGGCGGCUGCUGCGAAGGCACGGCGGUACAGAAAAUGUGUCCUUCGUUUCAAUUCCGACCGAGAUUGUGUCGCCUGAACUGUGACAACGCCAUCAUCAGAAAUAUGGAGAAUACCACGUGUGCUGCGCAACCAGGAAGUGAUGACACCACUGGUGCUGAUGACGGAGGUGAUGACGAGGAGCCGUCUUCCCGCCGCGCUCAAGGAGACUUGCAUCUCCUGGAAAGGGCUAAACAAAUGUACAUCAAGGGAGCUGUUGCAGAGAAGUCUGGACAUGUGUAUGAAGCAAUCUCAUUCUACAGGCGAGCUGUUCAGCUGGUGCCGGACAUUGAAUUCCGUUUGGCCGACAGCUGCUUUUGGUCUUUCACUGAUGAUGAAAGUGAAGACUCUGAUAUUGGAAACAAGAGCGAGGAUGAAACGGGAGUAGAUGAUUCAUCCCUGCCGCUCUACCAGCGUAUCAAGCUGCAACAUUCUUCAGCCAGCACCUGCCAAGUAGCCUCGGAACAAAAGGCGACUCACAUUUCUGACCUUCCUCGGGAAGUGUUCUCGUACAUCCUACGAUGGGUGGUGUCUUCUGACCUGGAUCUACUGUCUUUAGAGGCUGUGUCCAAGGUGUGCCGUGGCUUCUACCUUUGUGCUAGAGAUCCAGAACUUUGGCAUUUGGUGUGCCAGAGAACAUGGGGAUUGGAUUGUGGCCAACUGCUGCAGUACAAGUCGUGGAGGGAAAUGUACAUUCUCAGGCCUCGGUUACGUUACAAUGGUGUGUACAUAAAUAAGACAACGUACGUACGGCAGGGGGAAUCCUCUUUCCAGGACUCUAGCUACCGGCCGUGCUUCCUGGUGGAGUACUUUAGGUACCUACGUUUUUUUCCCGAAGGGAAGGUCUUAAUGCUGACAACGGCCGAUAAUCCGUACCUCGCACUGGGCAAGCUCCGCAGCCGGCGUCAGGUCCACUCAUCCGUGCUCGUGGGGCGCUUCCAUCUUGACGGGAAUCAUCUGCAAGCCGUUCUUCAAAGAGUGAAGAGCCACACCGGUGUAAAGGCACCCUACAGACGUCUCAGACAACACCCCGUGGAACCAGAGGCGGAGCAAACCUUUCAUGUGGAGCUGGAACUUCGAACCGUACGUGGCCGUUCCAACGUUCAGCUUGUGUGGAGAAACUAUGCCAUACACACAUUCUGGAAAGGCGAAGAAACUGUGACAACCUUUGAACUGACGCAGACUACAUUUCCAGCGCUCUGGUUCUCUCGUGUGAAGAGCUUCACUUCGGUCGCAGAAACUGCACUGUAAUGGGUCUGGGAAGUGAGGGCUUACACCUUUGGGUAAAUUGCUGUGAAACUUUUUCUUUUUUUUUUAAGAUGGGACUACUGUUUCUGUUGAUAGUAUUCUUCGACUCUGUUCCUUAAAUGGACCCCUAAAGUUUGGAGUAAGGGAUGGUGUAAGACACAAUAUGUAGACCAACACAUUGUUGUAGAAUAAACACUUGUAAAAAACAAGUUAUGCAGUGUA